ACCAAAAGCAGCACCUCAACAACAUGGCGGAUAAGCGGAAGAAGAAUUUGUGUUGAUCAUACAUGCAGUAUAACUCAAUUUAUCCACAAUGGACAAGAGAAAGAAACAGUUUGAUGUUACUGCAGCUUCGCUGGUGGACCUGAAAGCUGAACUUUACAGAAAGCAGGAGGCGUUUAAACAAGAAAAGUUGGUCAAAGAUACCGGAGCCCCACUGAAACCUAAACCCACAAACAAGAAGAGCAGUAUCUGGAAUAAACAGAAUGAAGGGGUGUCGGACAGAGCUGAGAAAGAUGUGGAGCAGAAGACUGAAGAAGAGAACACACUGGACAAGUCAAAGUAAGAGCUGUCAUUAACAGCU